AGCUUCACGAAGCGCCCGUCGCUAGCCCGAGUUGCUAGGCAACUGUACUGACGCCGGAAGUGCGUGGCUGUGAGAGACAUGGCGAACAAGAGGGGAACAGCUGUGCCUGUCCUCUCCCAUCGUAUUUUACGAUAUUUUUCAGUAUUAAUCCUCACUGUUUUAUCCUAUAAAUUAACAUCGGCCUCAGAUGAAGAUGCAUUUCGUGCCGGGCAGUCGAUGCUGUCUCCGGUGGCUGCAGCAUCACGGGAUGUUCGAUAUCUCCUGUAUGAUGUGAAUCCACCUGAGGGUUUCAAUCUGCGCCGGGAUGUGUACAUUCGCAUGGCCUCUUUGCUGAAGACAUUGAGAAAAGAGGGCGACUGGGUGCUAGUGUUGCCUCCAUGGGGUCGUCUGUAUCACUGGCAGAGCCCUGAUAUACAUCAGGUUCGCAUCCCCUGGGGGGAAUUCUUCAGUGUGACCAGCCUGCAGGGUAACAUACCAGUCAUUGAGUAUGAGGAAUUUAUUGCUGAGUCUGGAGGUCCCUUCAUUGACCAGAUCCUUGUGCUGCAAAGCUAUGCAGAGGGCUGGACAGAUGGGAAAUGGGAGGAGAAGGUGGAUGAACGACCGUGCAUUGAAAGACUGAUGUACUCAAAAGACAAACAAGGCUAUUACAGAGGUUGGUUUUGGGGUUAUGAGGAGACCAGAGCAUUGAAUGUCACCUGUUUAUCUGCUCAGGGGCAUGCCUCUAUUUUGGCCCCUGUCCUUCUAAACAACUUAACAGCCACGUCAGUAAUGCUGGACAGAGCUGAGACUGUCCUUCAUGAUCACUAUGCUGGGAAGGACUACUGGGAUACACGGCGAAGUAUGGUGUUUGCCAAACACUUGCGUAUUAUAGGAGACGAGUUUAGGGCCAAGUAUCUCAACUCCACAGAUAAACAGGACCAGACACCAUACAACGAGGACUGGACCCGAAUCAAAAACAGGUUGGGCAGUGCUAAGGGAGGCCCUUACCUGGGAGUCCACUUGCGUAGGAAGGACUUUAUCUGGGGUCACAGAGAUGAUGUGCCUAGCCUUAAAGGUGCAGUGAAGAAGAUCCGUAGCCUCAUGAAGAAGCACAAGCUUCAGCAAGUCUUUGUUGCCACCGAUGCAGACGAAGAAGACCUUGCUAAACUGAAAAGGAUGCUUCCUGAGAUGGUUCGAUACGAGCCCACCUGGGAGGACCUCGAGCUCCUGAAAGAUGGAGGGGUGGCCAUCAUAGACCAGUGGAUCUGUGCCCAUGCAAGGUAUUUCAUUGGGACAUCAGUUUCAACCUUCUCUUUCAGAAUACACGAGGAAAGAGAAAUCCUAGGUUUCGAUCCUAAAACCACUUAUAACCGAUUCUGUGGUGACGAUGAGAACGAAUGUGAACAGCCAACACACUGGAAAAUUGUCUACUAAUAACACAGAAACAACAGAAAACAUGAUGCUGGUCACACAGACUGCAAUUGAUUUCUCAGAUUUAAGAUGAUUCUCUAUAUUUUUUAAUGUUUUUGCUGACAAUGUUGAAAAUACACAUUUUUAAAGGCAGAGCCAAUGAAUUCCGAUUGCGUAAAAAGAAGGGUUAGAUAAGGGGAGCCAUAAGAGGAAUUAUCAAAUGGCUUUCAUCUUAGAUAUCGUGUCAGAUAUGGAAUUUGUGAAUACUGCUGCUCUGUUCUCACAGUUCUUUCAUUCGUAUUGUUGAUACUCAAGAUGAACUGUGUUUAAGCACUGUGAUCAAACCUGUUUGAAAAUGGCCAACAUGAUUUUUCACCACUGCUCCAGUAUUUUAAGUCUAUUUAUGUGGUACUUGCCAAUUUGUUUUUUGUCUCACCACAUAUUAUGCCUUUUUGGCAAAUGAUGUAUAAACAUACAGUAUUAGUGUUUAUUUGAUAUUUCUAUCAGUAUUGUGCCUGCCUGCUAUUUGAAAUAUAUAUUUUUUCUUCAUAUAUAUAUAUAUAUAUAUAUAUAUAAUUAGCUUUCAUAGACUUUGACCAUACAGCAUUUUUACACUACAGUAGUGAAAUUUUCUCAUGUUGUAAUUAAUUUGCUCAUUUGAAUACCACAGUGUGCUUUUUACUUUCAUAAAGAAGGAUGCCUGGAGGUAUUCAUUUAUAAGUGACAUUAAUGCCAAAAUCAAAACGAUUAAAGAUAAGCAUCUGAUAUAGCAACAUUAGUUUUGCUUUCAUCACUUGGUGACAAUCACAUUUUCAUUGGUAUGUUUUGAUUUGUGUAUUUCUUUUGUUGUUUGGAAAUGUAAAUGUUUACCAUUACCAUUCAGAAAUGUACUGUAUAUGUGCUCUUUCUAUAAAUGUUUUGUUGAAGUUGUUUUUUAUUUUAUUUUAAUAUGAAAUUGUAAUAAUCACAUCAGUUGAUACAAGUGUGAUCAAGUGUUUUUCGCUUCAUUUCUGUGAAAAUCGUUUUUUUUUUAGUUUUUUUUUUAUAAGGAUUAAAACUAUAAUUAGUG